AUGAAUACUCAAGACGGGUCCCAAGUUAAUGUGGGUAGCCAAGCAGCCCAGCAUGCACUCGCUACACUUGCCCGCAUCCUCAACAUCGACCAGAAUACACUCAAGAUCGCGCUCGAUAGCGCUUUCGAUUUACUGCCAGCCGCUGGUGGCAACCCCACGCUUGCGCUGCACAUGAGUUUCGGCCGGAUGAACUUGCGCAUCGAUGGCCGGAUCUUGGAUGAGGUUAUCGCUGCUUUCCGCCAGACUUUCAGGCAUACUAAUAACUCAACCCUCAAAGAAGACGAGUCUACACGUACUGGUUACCAUCGAUUUUUGGAACUAGAAGGAUCCUGGUUUCCCAAUAAUAACGGAGACUUUGCAUCUUCAUUCAUGAACCCCCACGGGUUGACCAACGAGCUGACUCACCCAUCUCCAACCACAACGCCACCUUUGUGGCAAGAUCAGAAUAGGACUUGGCAUUAUAGCGAUAAUAUCGUCUGGACAGAAGAAACGUCCGAAUUCUUGCAUCCGGCUCAGCCAGAGAUCUUUGUGAGAAUGUCUUCUUCACGAGAACCUGACACGUCGUGGCCUCCUAGCACGAUACAAGAAAUAGAAACCCUCCGGAGCCCAGAAGAAUUCCAGCAAUAUGAAGUUUCAUCAUCUCCUGAAAACCACCAAGAACCUGCUACUGGUAAGAGAAAAAGCCAUAGUUUGGUGUCCUUCUCACUAAAUUAUGGCCCCACAGUUCUUAGCCCAGCCCCAGCUGGUACUAUCUCACAGGGGAGCUCCAGCCCCAAGCGCUCCGUCAAGAAGUCCUUAUGUCAAAGGAAAAACAAAUUCAAGUUUAUUGGAUGGAAUGAUGAAGCGAAGAUGAUGUUAUAUCGGUGGAGGAGGGUAUUGAAGAAAGGGCCCUCAGCUUUCAUGCACCAUUUCCCUGGAGAGACCGAGGAGUCUCUACGUGAAGCAUGGGAGAAGUACAGCGACGAAGGAAUGCAUCUGUACAAAGAAUGGAAGGCUACUGCACAACAAGAGUAA